AUGAGGUUUAAGGAUCAAGUUGAUCUGUAUGAAGCUUAUGGAUCAAGUUCAUCCAUCAUGGUUAGAACUAGAGGGUUAGGUCAUGCCAUAGGUAGGGUUAUAGGUAUAUCCCUGGGGAGAGAGGAUCAUCAUGAUUCAGAUGAUGUUCCCCAGCAACGAAGGCCUAUAGCAUCCGCACGUAGGCAAUGGGAAGUUGCCCCUGUUGCCGAGGAUGUGCCUGUGGUAGCUGGAGAUGUACAUACACAAGGUGCAGAAGCUGGUCAUGAUGCUGAGGGAUUUCCAAGUGGGCCGUGUGACCCAUCAGUGCUUACGGAGUAUGGUGACCAUGUUGCAGUCAGCAUAUGGAACAGAGAGGAACGUCCUGAAUUAAAGUUAUUCUCCCAUGGGAGGAAGGUUCAGAAAUUUGGGAGGCCUGCUCCUGAAAUUGAAGGGUUAGUUGAUGCCAUAGGAUUAAGUCCUUUGAUUGUAUGUUCAGUAGAAAUUGGUGAUCGGGGACUUAUAUCCGCUUUCGUGGAGAGGUGGCAUAAGGAAACUAGCAGUUUCCAUCUUCCUGUUGGGGAGGUUACCAUCACCCUAGAUGAUGUGGCAUCUCUACUUCAUCUUCCAAUUAUUGGCGCCUUCCAUACCUUCGAGCCUCUGCACGUCGACGAAGUCGUGUUGAUGUUAGUGGAGUUACUUGAGGUCUCCGGAGAGGAAGCUAGGAUUGAGACAACACAGUGUCAUGGGGCAUACGUACGCUUAUCUUGGCUACGAGAUAUUUAUCAGAGGAGAUGUCAGGCUGGACAUUGGACUGUAGCAGCUCAUGCCUAUCUUCUGCAUCUCUUAGGUUGCAUUCUUUUUGCUAACAAGAGUGCAACCCAUGUUCAUGUUGUUUUCUUAGACGCUUUCCGUGACUUUAGUCAGAGUGGAAGCUAUGCAUGGGGAGCUUCCGCCCUAUUGCAUAUGUACGAUCAUUUGAAUGAUGCUUGUAAGAGCGGCGACCGACAGCUUGCUGGUUACAUCACUCUGUUACAAUGUUGGAUAUAUGAGCACUUUCCCUCAGUUGUGGAGUGUUUGACUGAUCCAGACUAUGAUGAGCUCUCACCACGUGCAUGUCGGUGGAUUGCUAUGAAGGCUUCUUUGAAGUCCAUAUCUGCAUCGACCUAUAGGCAACGUCUAGAUGGACUCAGGAUUCCUGAUGUUUGUUGGAUGCCUUAUGGUGAGCAUCAAGCCGUUUGGGAGUUUGAUUUGAUUUCAUGCUUCUCUGAUCAUCUAUGA